CUUCCUGAGCCAGUUUUACCCCAAACUGAUACUCAGACUCAUACUGAUAACACUACAACAGUCCAACACCAAUCAACCGGCACAUGACAUCGGAGAGAAAGCAACGAUGAAUGAAUGAAGAAGAGCUGCGAGAGAAACAAGAGAGCUAAAGGAGGAGAGUGUUCCGAAUGAUAAACAUUACGCAUAAGCAUCAGUCUUAUGUGUCAGUCGUCCACGGGUGGUUCAGCAAAACAGCAGCAAAUUUGGAAUCAACGCACAAGAGAACCCACGGUGUUUUCUCCUGCCACGUAAUUUUCUGUAACAUACUUACUAAUCGACGAUAGUGACUGAAUUGAGAUGCUGUCUGUAACCUGCAUAGCACCGGUAAACAUUGCGGUGAUAAAGUACUGGGGCAAACGUGAUGAGGAUCUGAUUUUACCACUGAACGACUCCGUCAGUGCCACGCUCUCAACUGAUCAUUUGUGCACAAAAACGACCAUCACCACCAGUGAUAGCCUGACCGAGAACAAGAUUGUGCUGAACGGGAAGGAGGAAUCGUUCGAGAAUCCACGGUUGAUCCGGUGCUUGGAAGAAGUGCGCAAAAAGGCCGACGCCGCCAACAAGUGCCGGAAGGACAUUCUAAAGUGGAACAUCAAAGUCACCACGGAGAACAACUUCCCGACGGCCGCCGGGCUGGCCUCGAGCGCAUCCGGGUAUGCUUGCUUCGUGUACACUCUGGCCUGCUUGUACGGCAUCGAGGACCAGGAGAUUUCGUCAAUCGCGCGCCAGGGCAGCGGCUCGGCCUGUCGCAGUCUGUACUCGGGCUUUGUGCAGUGGCGCAAGGGAGAGUUGCCGGACGGGAGCGAUUCGAUUGCGGUUCAGCUAACGCCGGCCGACUUUUGGCCCGAGAUGCGCAUCAUCGUUCUGGUUGUGAACGACAUGCGCAAAAAGACCAGCUCUACGGGUGGAAUGUCGACCAGUGUGAAAACCUCCAAACUGCUGAAGCAUCGUGCGGAGAGGUGCGUUCCCGAGCACACAGCCCAGCUGGUUGAGGCGCUCAAGGGGAAGGAUUUUGAAACAUUUGGCAAAAUCACGAUGCAGGACAGUAACCAGUUUCACGCCGUCUGCUUGGAUACGUUCCCGCCGUGCGUUUACAUGAACGACACUUCGCACGCGAUUGUAACUCUGGUGCACCGGUUCAACGAUUUGAAGAAAGACAUCAGAGUGGCGUACACGUUUGACGCUGGUCCCAACGCGUGCCUUUAUCUGCGAAAAGACGUGCCGGAAGUGUUGGCCACUGUGAACAAAGUGUUCCCCAACGAUGCGUUGGGAAGUCCAGAGUACAUCAAGGGAAUUCCAGUUGAAGUUUCGCAAUUGCCAGCGGCGGAUGAGCAGUUUUGUGCGAAUGGACAAAAUCAGUUGAAAUACAUCAUAAACACGAGGGUUGGCGAAGGACCAAAACGAUUAGCCUAAUACACAAAUAAACUACUUUUGUUUUCUCCCAAAAUUCUCGGUGUUGGAGCAAUGGCUUUCUUUCGAAUUAUUUGUCUUAAAAAAUAAAUGUUGUUUACCUUUCCAUAUUA